GUUUUUCUCUCUUUUUUGUAUUAAAAACAAUAACAACAAUAGCAUGUCAGAGAGAAUUGCGACCGUUCGUCCCGAUCAGAUCAAGAGCUUCUAUGACAGUAGAAAGAGUAGUAAAGUGUAUCAACACACCAAUUAUGAUUAUUAUCAACCAGAAGACUUUGAAGAAGAGUUGAAUGAAUUUAUAUCUUAUUCUGAAAUCAAAUGGGAAUUCAAGCAAUAUGAGGCAGAAUACAAUGAUAUUUAUUCGCUUUGGAAGCAAUGCAGUCUGAAAGAAAAGAAGGAAAUCAUUCAAAGUUGCGGAGAUCAAUUAGAAUACAAGCAAGAAGAAGAAAGAAGUAGAUCCGUUAAGCAUUUAGUGUAUAUUUCAUUAGGAAAUUAUGGAGAAUAUCGAGGCAUGGAACAAAAGGAACAGCAUAUGAAAAUAAUGAAAGAGAACAAUCAACUCUUGUACGAUCACAAUAUCAUUCCAGCAUUAAAACAAUCUUUAAGUAAUACUUGUCAGCAACUUGAAGCACCUUCGUCUUCUUUACAGUCUGAAACGGUGAUGUUUUACUGUCAAGAGAUUGAUAUGCACUUGACGAUCUUGUACUUGGUGGUUCAUUUUAACAAGGACAAAGAACAACUGAAACUUGAAGACUUGACUGAAUUCUUGUUUGACCUUGUAGUACGCUUAAAAGAGCAUUUUACAAGGACAUUUCCUCUAAAGAAACUGAUGCUAACCUUAUACAAACUUUUAGUGAUUACAUUGGGUCCUUUGGAUCAAACCUAUCAGGAUUUGAAAGCCAAGGUCCGAACUGCUUGUGAAUUGCCCUUGAUUGACAAUAAGAGUCAAAUGGUAAAAUGUACACCAGAAGAAUUACAUGCGUUUUAUCAACAAUCGCAAGAAAAAUACCCAACAUUUAUACCAAGUCGAUUGCCUGAAAAGAUCAUGAGCCCACUUACUGCUACUGCAACCAAUCAAUUAGCCAUCUCGAUGGGGUUAUCCAAGGCAUCAAAAAAUGUGGAUUUGCCCUAUCAAACCUUGUUUCCUUCGAAAAACAAUGUCCAGCAACAACAGCCAACCAACAAGAAAGCUACCGUAGUAACAGAAAUAACCGAGACUAACUUAUUGCCCUUUGCAGAAAAAGGAGCAAAAGAGCCUUACUAUUUGACUGAAGCCAAUUCAGCUUGGCUUAAGCAUCUUUAUAUUUCGGUAGCUGAUUAUCAGGUCAUUCAUGAGCGAGAAAAGGCUGUUCAUCGAUGGGAACAUUGGAAUAAGAACCGUACAAGCCAAGCAGAUUCAGAUGAAUGGGAUGAGAUGAUAUACCAUCGAUUGAACGAAAAAGACAGCGAUAAAAUGCACUGUAUCGAUCAAUUGUACAGUAGUAUCAUGCCCAAUUUUCAAAGUAUUGUGGUAGUCAUCUUGAAGCUUUUGUUAUCUACUGUGUCUAUUGGAAAAGACAAAGAAGCAGAGAUCUUGGAAGAUAUCAAUAUCACACGUAAUAGAGAAACCAUUUCUAAAGCUGUUUCUGGUAUUUUAUUGCUCUUGUUAAAGUGGUUUAAAGUAUCUCAUGUAUUAAAGUUUGAAUACUUGUCACAGGUUCUUGUUGAUUCUGGUUGCAUGUUGUUGAUCUUGAAGUUAUUGGGACUACAAGAAGUAGCUUUGUUGGCUUCAAAAAAGACGGAUGAUCAGACACAAUGCUUUUUUGAGUACAUGUUGGAAAAAGAAGGUUCGUUUGAAGAAGAAAGCACAAAAGAAGAGUUCUAUACAAACAAACGAAACUUGUUUUGGUCUAUCAAUCUCUUGAGAGUAUUACAAAUGUUAACUAAAAGAAAGACACAUCGUAUAUCCCUUCUAGUUCAAUACAAAUCUUCUGCCAUUCUGAAGCGAUUGUUGAAAGUGGGUCAUCCUGUCAUGGAUCUUUAUGUAUUGAAGAACCUCAAGAACCAAAUACCACUCAUGGGACGUAAAUGGAGAUCAACCAACAUGAAGACCAUUUCGUCCAUCUAUGCUCAUUGUUUGACUUGUUUAAGUGAUGAUUGGCUGUCUUCUCCAGAAGGAAGUAUGGAUUCAGAAGAAGGAGCAACAAAAGAAAUCAAUCUUCGUAUGUUGACCAGACUAUACAAUGGACAUCGCUAUAUGCCUAGUAUUUUGCCUAGUAUGGAUGAUAUGGUUGGACCUGAAAGCACCUUAUUUUAUAUCACAGAAAACGAUCAUUCAGAAAAUAGCAGUGGCAAAUUACCAGACUAUGGACUCAACUCGACCCUUCUUUUAGAUGGCAUUGAACUAGAUGUUGACUUUAAGCGAAAUUAUCGUGAAUGGUUAGAAAAAGAUGUUUAUUCAACUGAAGAAGAAGACGAAGAAGACGAUGAAGAAGAACUGUGUACAGAUACUACCCAAAACUGGACUAUUGGCACUCCUAUUCCUGAUACCAUGCCAAUUCCUUUAUCUGCAGAUGAUUUAACCAAAGAAAUCAACAAACUGUAUCUGGAAGAAUUACAGCAUGAAUUUGAAGAGAAAGCAAAGAGACAGAAAGAGACGGAAAUGGUUCAAGAAGUAGAAGAUGGUUGGGACAAACCAAUUGAUUUCAAUCAUAAUGCUUGGGGCAAUGCCGCAGUGAAUCCGAAUGAAAAUGAUGAAGAAGCAGACGAAGUUGAACCAGAAGUGGAUCCACUUGGCAAUAUCCAUUGGGAUAGUUUGACAGAAGAAGACUUGAAAAGAAGACUGACUUUGGUAGAAGAGAAAACGGUGCAACGUUGGUUGAAUGUCGAUAUGAAUGACCCGCGUUAUUUGAAGGUACUGAACACAUUUGAAGGAGAAGGAGACUUGAUACCAGUGGAUGAUGAAGGCUGGCCAAUUUAGUUUGUAAAAUAAAACUUGUAAUUUAAUUCACGAAAUGCAAAAUCGCGUCU